AUGGCCUUCAAGUUCCUGACAUUCGCCGCUCUGGUCGCCGUUGCGCGCGCUGGACUCAUUGCCUCGCCAGCUGUCAGCUACCAUGCUGCCCCGGCUCCGCUGGUAGCCGCUGCCCCGAUUGCCAAGGUUGCCUAUGCCGAUCCGCACCACGGAUUCAAUGCUGUCGUCCACCGUGAGCCCCUGGCCGCCAAGGUCGUCGCUGCUGCCCCGGUAGCCACCAAGGUCAUCGCUCAGCCAGCCCUCGCCUACGCCGCUCCGGUUGCCAAGACCAUCUCCUACGCCGCUCCGGUAGCCAAGACCAUCUCGUACGCCGCUCCUUUGGCCACCAAGAGCUACGUCGCGAGCCCGGCCCUGUCCUACGCCGCCCCAGCUCAUCUGGCUUACUCUGCUCCUUUGGCCACGAAGAGCUACGUCGCCAGUCCGGCUCUGUCCUACGCUGCCCCAGCUUAUGCUUCGUACCACUAA